UAUGGCGGAAAACGUUGCUACAACUUUAGAGUUAAAUACUUAUUCAGAACCCCCGACAAUUAUUGCAGAGGACGAAGAUGGAAACACUUAUGUUGAAGUUUCGUCAGAAGACAUUAAAAAACUUAAUCUUCUCUAUCGUAAGGGUUUCAGUAAUGCUGUAGAAACUCUUGCUCCUGCUGAACUAAAAGUUACUGGGGAACUUCCUUCAUGGCUUAACGGGGAAUUUUAUACGAUAGGUCCUGGUAUUUACGAUAUAAAAUACAACCGCAUGAUUGAAAGUGAAGGAGGAGGAUAUGAAAGUGCUACAGAAACAUUCUCAAUGGGUCAUUGGUUUGAUGGUCAAACGCCUAUAGCAAAAUUUUUUGGGCAAAAACGCACAGAUAAACCUGAAAUGGAACCUUGUUCUAUUAAUAUUAGUACAAAUUUUCCAUUCUAUAUGUCUGGCGAAAAACCUAAAGUAUUUUGUCAGAAUCACGCAAGUCAAGUGGUGGAACUUGAAGCAUACGAUCUUUCUCCUUCACGGGUUUAUUCUUGGGAUGAUAUAAAUCCGCUAUUUAGAGGUAAUCAUGCAUCUCCUCAUCCACAUUAUGAUGAGAAUACUGGAGAAUUAAUUAAUUUUAAUAUGGAAAUUCAAACAUUGGGAACAAAAUAUAAUUUCUUUUCCAUCUCGGAAAAUCAUCCAAGUGGAGAAUUUAUUACCAGCGUGUCUGCAAAAACUAGUUAUGUACAUAGCUUUGCUGUAACACCGAGAUUUAUAAUUUUGGUCGUGUUUCCUUUCUAUGGAAAAAAUGCCGGUAUUAACGUCAAAUGGUCGGAUAGCAUCUUAGAUUCACUUUCUUACAAUCCGGAGGAACCUACGCUAUUCUACGUUAUAUCAAGAGUAAAGAAACAACUCGUUGCCACUUAUAAGUCGGAUCCAUGCUUUGCAUUUCAUCAUAUUAACGCUUUUGAAGAUGAUGAUGAUAAUUUAUAUUUGGAUAUAGUAUGCUAUGAUAAUACGGACAUAUGUUAUGAUUUAUCACUUGACAAUUUAAGGAAUGGUUUAGUUGUUGGGCUUCCUUUAGCUGAAGUUCGUAGAUUCGUUUUACAAAAUGUUCAAAUUGAAUCAUUAAAAUUUUCAAAAAUGCCACAAGCAACACAACUGGAAACUCUACAAAAUACUGUAGUUAGUUUAUUCAGGAAUGCUUCACAUCAAUCGAUUAAUCCUUGGCCUAUUGCGAAUUACGUUCGUUGUGCAGAUUCUACUUUAGAACUACCAAGAAUCAAUCCCAAAUUUCAUGGUAAAAGAUAUCGUUACGUUUACGGAAUUGGUCUUUCAGCAAAAGCUGCUACUCAAGAAGGUCAAAUAUGGGAUGCACUUAUAAAAUGCGAUUUGGAUACUAAAGAGGUUGUUGCCAUGUGGGUAGUUGAAAAUUGUUAUCCUUCUGAACCUGUUUUUAUAUCAGCUCCCGGUAAUGAUAAUAAUGAAGAUGAUGGUAUAUUAUUAAGUGUUAUAUUUGAAGGUCAAGAUAUCAAGAGUUUUUUAGUGGUACUUGAUGCGAAAACCUUAUUGGAAAUAGCUCGUGUUGAUUUACCACAAGUAAUACCAUUAUCUUUCGGACAUGGCUCUUUUAAACAAAUAAUUUAA